CCACUUGUCAGUAACUAUCAUUUCCGGUCCCCUCAUCUCACAUUAGUUUGAUUUUACUCGCAUCAAGCCACUUUGCGACCAAGUUAGGCAUCAGCCUAGAACCCGCUAGCCUGACCGAGGAUAGCGCCGUCGAUCUCUGGUAACUAUCCCGUAUCCAGUCCACGGGUACCGACCUACCUAGUUUCUGGCGGCUGCUACCGCCUACCGUUCGUCCUUGCGGCACCUUCGUACCACAUUCGCACGAUUCCGUCCUGUGGGAGCAAGCUGGGUCAGAUCCCUCGAACUUGCCUCUCUCGGUCCGAUAAUUUCUGGUCACGGCGACCUACGUGACGCGAAAGCGGGAGUCCUUCGAGUAGGCAUAUAAGAUCUAGGACGGUUCGGAUAGUGGGCGUCUAACGCCAACGGGUCUUCUACCUCAAGAGCCUACCAAAUAUGGACCCUGUCAGCUUCGCCGCAAGUGUGAUCACCCUCGUCACGGCAACCAGACAGAUGCUCGGAUUUCUGAGCGACGUCAAGGAUGCCCCGAGGCAGCGAGCAGACUUCGAGCUUGAGCUCGCGACACUAUACUCACUGCUUAUAUCCCUGAAGAAUCGCCUAGAUGUCUCAAAUCCGACAUCAAACUGGCACAAGGCGUUGCGGACUCUUGGUGUGCAGAACGGGCCACUGGCUCAAUACAGUUCCGUGCUCCAAGAGAUGCUUAGGAAGAUCACGGGCGCAAACAAAGUGGUGACGGCUAUGAAGUGGGUGUUCACAAAAGAGGACGUAAAGGUAUUGAGAUCGCGGAUUGAAUCCCUGAAGAGCACGAUCCACAUUGUGCUUCAGCUGGAUCAUUUUGAGCUCUCACAAACGACUAAAGACGAUACCCAAGAAAUCCGGUCAGACACGCAGAUGAUCAAGAACGACACUCAACAAAUCGGGUCAGACACGCAGAUGAUCAAGUACGACACCCAACAGAUUGCGUCAGAUACAACGAUACUUAAGGGCCAUGCCGCUGCAAUUGACCUCAAAGCUACAUCAAUCUAUUCCGCUAUACGGCAGCAUGAGUAUUCCCAGAAGCUCCAAAGCGCGUUGGACUGGGUCUCCUCCACGAAUUAUCCAGCCCGACAAGCCGGUUUGCUCUUGGAACACCAAGCGGGAACAGGGUCUUGGUUCAUAAACUCUCCAGAAUUCGGCCAAUGGCGCCAGCGACCGAAGAGCACUUUGCUUUGCACGGGAAUCAAGGGAGCCGGAAAGACAAUCAUGGCAGCGGUGGUGAUUGACGAACUAGGGAGAACCUUGAAUCUAGAGAAACACGGCGUGGCAUACGUGUUCUGCCACUACAAGGACCGGAUGGGUGAGCAAGGGAUGAAUCCACUUGCAGCUAUGUUGAAGCAACUGGUGCAGAAUAAGCCGUCUACUGCCGAACCGCUACUCCAGCUGCAUAGUCAACACACGAAUCACAGAUCAUACGCCACUGCCACCGAGAUUCGGGACACUUUACGACGUACUCUAGAGCUUUACAGCUCGGCAUACAUCGUGGUAGAUGCUCUCGACGAGUUUCCAGAAAAGGGGCGCCGCGGACUGUGCGAAAGCCUGCGCUAUCUCCAAGGGUGUUGCAAGGUAGCCGUGAUGGUUACAUCGCGGCCAAAUCCAGAGAUCAUUGAGGAUUUCAAAGAAGCUGCAAAGGUCGAGAUACGGGCAAAAAGUGGAGACGUGAGAGCAUUGGCGGCCAAAGAGGUCAACGAUUUGCUAAAGAAUGUUCGAGGCGAUACAGAGCUGGUGAAACGGGUGCUUGAUACAAUAAGUCAAUCGGCGGAUGGCAUGUUCCUGCUUGCACGGCUCUACCUGGACCAAUUGGCGGGUGCAGAAACCAAACGAGAAGUCAAGAAUAUCCUGAAUCGCUUAGAGAAACGCGCAGGAAGUGGCGAUGUCGACACCAUCUACCGCGAAGUCUAUAGUGACAGCAUCGAGCGAAUCCAAAGCCAGCACCCCAACAGGAGAGCUAGAGCCAUGCGGGCUCUCGCGUGGGUUACACUCGCACAGCGUCCUCUCACUACCAAAGAGCUCUGUGUCGCCCUAGCCGUAGAGGAAGGAGAUGAAGACUUUGAUGAGGACAAUGAGCCUGAUAUUGGGAGAAUAGUUUCGAGCUGCGUCGGCCUGAUCACCAUAGAGACAACCACCGAUUGUGUUCGCUUCAUCCAUUACACUACUCAAGAGUUCUUCGACAGUGUUAUUCACUCCUGGAAUCUCCGAACCAGCAGCUCGCGGACAGCCUCCCAAUCAGAUCUGCGACCUAUAGUAUACGUCGCUUCUACCUGCCUCGCUUUUCUCGGCUUCAAUAGUAUCAAAGACGGCUUAAGCGAGUCCAACUCAGAACCGAGUCCUUGGCUUGACCCAAUUCCUGACGUUGGGUUCCUGGGAUAUGCUUACAAUUAUUGGCCAUAUCACGUCAAAAAUUGUCAGGAAGAGAUAGCUGAGAGGGUACUCUCGUUCCUGAACGAUGGGCAAGUGAUGUGUAGCGUACGCUGGACUCCUAAUGGUUAUAGGUGGAUUGGGGACUCCUCGAAUGAUGCCGAACCUUUGCACGUAACGGCCGUCUUCGGACUUACGCACCUAUUCGAGAGGAUCCUUCAAGCAACCCCAGAUGACUCCCCACUCGUCGUAAAUGCCAAGGACUCCGCCAGUUGCACUCCUCUGUUUUAUGCUGCGGAAGCGGGUCACGUCGAAAUCGUCAAGCUGCUUCUCGCCCGUAGGGACGUAGACGUCAACGAAUUCGGUUACAAUACUAAUCCACUCCUGGUUGCUACUGCAAACGGCCACAUCGACGUCGUUCACGCCUUACUCGCUCAUGGAGCCAUCGAUAUCGAAGCUCGCGAUUUUUGGGACCAGGGCGUCCUGUUCCAAGCAGUCGAGAGUGGAAGUGUUGAGCUUGUGAAGCUAUUCAUCGAGGAGUAUGGAAUUGCGGCUCACCAGCUGAACUAUUGGGGUAAGACCCCGCUGCACGUUGCAACUGGGAUAAGCGUGGAGGUCGUUCGCUACUUACUUGGAAGAAGCGAUGUGAGAAGACAUUGUCUAGACAUUGGCGGUAACACCGCUCUACAUGCCGCCGCAAGGUCGGCCAGCUUGGGGGCAGUCGAGUUAUUGUUAGAAAGUGGUGCUUUUGAUGUGAACGAAAAGAAUAGGUUUGGGGAAACAGUACUUCAUUUGCCGGUGUGGCGAGCCGUCGGAAAUAUGGACGUUGUCGAACGACUCUCUAGAGUAAAGGGCGUUAAUAUAGAAGCGAAAGACAACGAAGGCCGAACACCGUUAGAGUAUGCCGUCCAUCGCUGCAACGCGAGGAUCGCACGGUUCUUGAUCGACGAGCGACAUUGCGACGUAAACACAAAAGACAACCAAGAGAGAUCCCUCAUGGUGAUAGCGGCUCAGAGCUGGGUAGACAGUCCGCUGUUGUUAGAGUUGUUGAUCGACAGAGGCGUUGACGUAAAUGAGAAAGAUUCGGAAGGCAGGAAUGCAGUAGUACACGCUGCUGAAGUAGGUAAUUGGGAGGUCCUAAAAUGGCUCAUGAGAAGAGAUGAUGUCGAUCUCGAUGUUUCAGACAAGAUAACAAGCGAGGAGGGAAGAGAGCGCUUCAACUCUUUGAAGGAAGAACUCGGCAAAUAGUCACAUACUUCGCUUACAAGGGAACAGAGCGAGAUGAG